CAGACCCAGACCCUUGCAUCCAUACCGCCUCACCCGGAAGGACAGCAAGCAAUCCGAACAACGGGAAAAAGAAAGGAAAGAACCACAUUUCAACCACACGGCAUACCUCCCGAAAAGAAAACGAACACAAUUGCCCAACAUGUCCGCAGUAGUUAUCCCCGCCGGCGGCACCUUUGUCGACACCCUCAAGAAGUCCUUUGUUGACGUCCCCAUUGACGCCAACAACGACAAUGCCAUUGGCACCACCGAGUUCUUGGAGGCUGCCGAGAGUCUCACGACCAUCUUUGACUUGCUAGGAUCGGUCGCUUUUACCCCCGUCAAGAAUGACAUUCUCGGCAACAUCAAGAAGGUCCGCGAUCGCCAACUGGCCGCCCCCGCCGAGUCCGAGACGAUCCAAGCCCUCGUCAUCAACGAGCUCAAGACCAAGAAGCACACCGCCGCCGAGGGCCUGCUGUGGCUGGUCCGUGGCCUCGAGUUCAUGUGCAUCGCCCUGUCGCAGAACAUCGCCAAGACCAGCGAGGAGCUGGCCGACUCGUUCCGCACCGCCUACGGCGCGACCCUCAAGCCCCACCACUCCUUCCUCGUUAAGCCUAUUUUCAGCGCCGCUAUGUCGGCCGUCCCCUACCGCAAGGACUUUUACGCCAAGGUCGGCAGCGACCAGGAGAAGGUCAGCACGGAGCUGGCCAAGUACCUCGCCAGCCUCGACAAGCUCAUUGGUAUUAUCAAGGGGUUCCAGGAGAGGAAGGAGGCCAAGUGGUAAAGGGAGUAUGGAGAAAUGCAUGAUACAAGAGCGUCUCGGAAGAUCAGAGAUCAUGAGAAACGAUAUAAACGUAAACGGCCAAUGUGGACACAUAUAAAAAGAAUGUGAGAACAUUGACGCUGCGGGCGAGCACGACCAGAUGAAAGAUCGGGCGAUUUGCAUCACUUCGUCGAGUCUUUUGAGCAAGCAUAUAACUGAGCAAUAAAAUUCCUGGGUCUAUGCUUCCAGUCAACGUCAGGCGAUCACCCCAACGUGUGUGCCCUAUGGUUCCUAACAGAUAGCCACUUGAUGGAAUCUGUGUCGAACGGCCCUUCCCAGGUGCCUGUCCAUAGACCAGAGUUAAUUCCUGUACCCUUGACUUGCACAUACACUUGCGCAUUUUCUUUUACUAGUUGUUGCUGUGCUGCCCAGGCAUUGGCCGUGGUCAGGAGUUUAAAGCAGGUCAGACUCAAGGCAAUAGGCAUAACGACACUGACGGGAUUACAAAACCUGGAUUGGAAACACUGUAUGCUUUUGAAAACUACCAUGUUCUAGGUAUAUCGCUUUCUAAAGCAUUUUUCACCAUUCUCUUCUAGUUACAAAGAUACAAAAGAAAUGUCCAUUAUACCCUCGCAGCUGCCUC